GCCGGACUGGGCAGGUCAGGACAGGACCCAGUCCCAGUCCGGUGUUUGGAAAGUGAAAAUGGGAGGGGGACAGGUUUGUCCCGUAGAUCAUUUUAUCCCAAAUGAGGGGGAUAAAUCUGACCCAUCUGGAGACUGGGUCACUUUUGUCCCACCGAGCUCUCUUCGAAGCAUCUCUGGCCGCCCCCUUCGAAGCAUUGUCGAUCUCGCAUCACCAUCCCCUUCGAAGCAUCUGGCCGGUGAGCAUGUCUUCUUCUUCUGUUUCGGCAAUCUUCCAUCAUCAUCAUCUUGGCUUGAUUUGAUAUUCAGGAGGAAGAAGCUUGAUUUUGGAGGCAAACUACCCUUCGAAGCAUUUCUGGCCGGUGAGUUUAUCUUCUGCUGCAUCCUUCCUCUGUUUCAUCGAUCUGCCAUCAUCACCUGGAAGCAGCAGUAUAGCUCAAAGGAUUACGCAGAGGUUGGUGUGUUGACAAUUUUAAGCAGCAGUAUAGCAGAAACAUCACGCAGAGGUUGGCGUGUUGACAAUUUUAAGCAGCAGUAUAGCAGAAACAUCACUCAGAGGGUUCUUCACGAUCUAGUGUCCUUGGUGAGGCUAACAUCAAUCUAGCUCAUUAUGCUGAUGCACUAAAGCCUUCUAUUGUUGCACUGCCUCUUCAGGGAUGUGACUCUGGAGCUAUUUUACAUGUAACUGUUCAGCUGCUAACUUCUAAAACUGGUUUCAGGUACAGCAUUAAAACAUCUAAAGUUUAUGGGUUAUCUAAUUUUAACAUGCUCAUUUGUAGUUGUAAUCCCUUUCAGAGAGUUUGAGCAGCAAAGGGAGCUCAGAGAGAGAGGUCUGCAGACUACAUGUGAUGAAUCUGCUGGUAGAAAAUUAUUUUCUGACGAUACCAUCAAUGAUCAGAUGGACAAGGUCUAUAACUAUUUUUGUUUAAUUUUCCAACUUUAUGAUAUUGCUUAUGAAUUGAUAUUGGUUUUUUUAUGAACUUUGUUUGCUAACAUAAAUUCUAACAAAAAAAUAAUGAACAACCUUUUUUUUUAUAAUUAAUGCAUGAACUGUUAUUGAAUUAAUAAUUUACAGCUGUAUUCUUUUUGAUUGAGAAUAGAUAUAUCAAAGUCUUUUUUCUAGGCUGCACUUUUUUUUUUGUAUUGAAAGAUUUAUGUGUAUUCUGAUGCAAACAAUGGUUGAUCCUUUGUGGUACAUAUGCGAAUUCUGAUUGGAAGUAUUUGAGUAAGUUCCCCUGAAAAAUUUAUUGGUUUCCUUUCUCUAUAGAAAAAUGAUGCAUCACUUUCUCUUAUGCCUGACAUGUCUCACAUGUGACCUGACUUGUCUGGACCGUAUAUGAAGUAUAAACUAUUAUAUUACUGUUGUUGAGCUUAAAUUGGAGGUGAGCUCGUUACAGAAUCAUGCUGAUGAAAUAGCAUGAUUUGGAUUCUCUCAACAAGGAUCUUGAAAGAAGGGCCGCUACUGCAGAAGCAGCACUGAAAAGGGCACGCUUGAAUUACUCCAUUGCUGUAGACCAGUUGCAGAAGGACCUCGAAUUACUUUCUUCCCAGGUUCUGUCCAUGUAUGAAACUAAUGAGAACCUUAUUAAGCAAGCUUUUUCAGAAUCUUCCCUGCCAAGCUUUCCGGAGUAUGAAGAAAUGGCUCAGAAUCAGAAACUGGAUUCAAAGGAAAGUCAUGCUGCGAGACUGUUGCAGUGUCAGAAUCAAUUUCAUGAGGAAAAGAAACAAAAUUUAGAUGCGGAUAUAUUUUCGGAGGAUUUGAAAAGAUCUCUCCUCUUGCAGAAGGGACUUUACCAAAAGGUUGAAGAAGAAGUCUAUGAAGUGCAUUUAUUAAAUGUAUAUUUGGAUGUUUUCUCAAAAACUCUACAGGAAACUUUGCUUGAUGCAAGUGCUGACUUCAGGUUGAUGAAAGAUAAAAUUAAUAAGCUUACACAGCAGCUGGAGCUUUCAACUGAGUCCAAGGAAUUACUGAUGCUGAAGCUGCAGGAUGCUACAAUGAGGUUCACAAUCUCAAGGAAUACAAAAAUGCCUGUGAUACAAAAUGCAACAGCCUGGCUCUGCAUAAUCAAGCUUUAGAAGCAAAUUUACAAAAUGUCACUCAUGAAAAUUGUCUUCUGGAAACAGCAGCAUUGUCACAGGAAAAGGAAGCUCAAAUCAUGACCAUAAAAGAUAAAACUGAGGAAUCUGCCAAGCUAUCACUGGAGCUUAAUGGUUUGAAAUCAAGUUUGCAAUCAUUGCAUGAUGACUUACAAGCUGAAAGAAGUGUAAGAGAUAUGGCUCAAGUGUCCUUAAAUGCAGCACAAUCAGAUAAUCUUGUAAUUAAACAGAAAUUUGAAAAUGAUGUACAAAACAUUAUGGGUAAAAUAGAUAUGUCUAGUGUCCUCGUGCAAAAGCUUCAGUCAGAAGUUAAGACUAUUGCUAACAAACUCAAGAUUAGCUUUGAAGCUGAAGAACAUUAUGCACAGCAGCACAGAGAACUUCUAUCUGAUUGGACAAAAUCCAAUAUAUAUAUACUGAUGUCAUAUUUGUUAAAAGUGCAACUACAUGUGACAUUUAUUUAUAUAUCUAUAUAUCUAUAUGUAUGAAUUGAAGAUGGAUAUUUUUAUGCUAUUAACAAGUUCUUAAUUAAAUAUUA